CAUGGACAAACUGACAAAUAUUUUGCCAAAAAAAAAGUUUAACAAAGAAGCUAAAACUUACUGAUAUGUGCAAGACAGCGAGAAAGACUAAGAACAACGAGAUAAAGAAUUAAAAAUGGACACAAAAAAGAAAAUAAAAAAGACCUAAACUGAAUACACAAAAAUACAGAUUAACUAUGAAGGGGCCUAAAUAAAAGAGUUGUGAAAUUACUGGAAUGGUUGUUAAGUUUGUGUUCUCCAAGUUUUUGUGGUACAGUAAAAGUGUGUGUACCUGUGCCAACAUGUACAAAAAAACAUACAAAUGAUCAAAUCCACGUUUUUUUUAAAUUGUUUUCAUGUAAACUGCUCUAUUAAAGUUCUGCACAUUCUGAACAGAAACUAGUUGGAGAUGACUGCUGGCUGGGACGCUGUGUACUGAGCCUCCAGCUCGGAGUUUUCGGCUUCACUGGAGGGCAGAGAGCAGGCGGUUAGCUGCUCCUUUGUUCUGCCUCUCGCUCAGCGGGGAGACGGAUCUGUGCCCGGUGCAGCUGCAGCCGGCCUCCGGGUCCUCCUCCUCCUCCACCUCCUCCUUGUGCUGUGCUUCGCCAGGCCGCGCAUGCGCACUGGCUCUUCUGUGCGCUCUACUGUUUGCAUUGUGUCUGAACUGCCGGCGAGCUUUAAAAAUAUUAUACCCACCGCGGCAAUGUCGGGCAGGUCGGUCCGAGCUGAGACCCGGAGCAGGGCGAAAGAUGACAUCAAGCGGGUCAUGGCCGCUAUUGAGAAAGUACGAAAAUGGGAGAAGAAGUGGGUGACUGUUGGAGACACGUCCCUCCGCAUCUACAAGUGGGUGCCGGUGACGGAGCCCAAGUCAGAUGACAAAAACAAAAACAAGAAGAAGGGCAAAGAUGAGAAGUACGGCUCUGAGCUGACGACCCCGGAGAACAGCUCCUCCCCCGGGAUGAUGGACAUGCACGAUGACAACAGCAACCAGAGCUCCAUCGCCGACUCGUCUCCGGUGAAACAGGAAAACAGCUGCAGCACAAGCCCCGCCCCCGAGGCCAACGCCACGUCGCACCGCGACAACAGCGAGACCAAAACUGAGCAGAGCCCGGACAGCAAGCGAGGAAACCCCCCCCCAUCGUCAGAGACCUCACAGAGCAGCAAGAGGGACGGCCUGUCGUCAGCAGAGGAGCCCUCAGACAGCAAAGCCACUCAGGACCUACAGGAGGAGGCCCCGCCCAGCAAGAAGAGCAAACUGGAGUCCUCGUCUCAGGACUUUGAGGAGAGUUAAAUAUUUGGAGCUGGGUCCCUUCUCUCCUGCCCCCCCCCCCC